AGCUCUUUAACCCCAGUUUUGAACGAGGGCGGGGCGGGAAAAAGCCCCAAUCAAAGCUCUUUAACCCCAAUUAACGAGGGCUUCGGGGCGGAGCGAGCCUAGCCCCUCGGCGCCUGCGCGCGGUUUCGGUUCGUGCGGCGGCGUGAGGAGCACUCGGAGCGGCCUGCGGGGCUCUGUGGGGCCAUGACUCCCGUCUUGAACCUCAAUAACGAGGUUGUGAAGAUGAGAAAAGAUGUGAAGAAGGCCAGAGUCCUCACUAUUUCGGAGACUAACCAGACACAUUAGGAAAUUAAAAUUGAAAAGGGGUUCAGAAGACUUGAAAUUAAAGAAUGAGAAACGGGUUGAGAAUUAAUAGAAGAAAUCCAUGCCAUGAAGGAAAUAAAACCAGAUGAAGUUACCAGACUCGCUCUUAGGACAGAAGUUAAUUUUGAAAGUGUCUGCAAAAAGCCAAACUGUACUGCAACUGAGCGAGCCAUGGCAAGACUUGCAACACACCCCACCUUGAAGCCCAGAUUUGUUGAACUUAAAGCUGCUGUUAAAGCUUUUAAGGAUGCAAGAAAGAAUCCAGACAAAGACACUCCUAUGAAAAAGGAUCAGUCAGAAGAACAGCCUAAAUCAGUACAACGUUUCAAUAACAGCUUGGAUGACCAAACUUGUAAGCGACCUCAAAAAGAGCAAGGAUGUGAACACAAAACAAAACCAGGCAUGAAAGUAGAAACUGACAAGGUGGUUGAAGAGCUCUGUGAGAGUGAAUAUGAACAGAAAACUCUGGAAAUGGAGAGAGCAUAUGCUCCAGAAGAACCUUCGUUUCAGGCAAUAGAAAUGCAAACGGUUACUCAAAACAAAACAGGAAAGAAACUUGACUAUCAAAAAAGAAAAGAAAAUAUGAGUAGGAAAAAAAUAAAUGCAAUAAAAGAAAUAAUUGAUGAUAGUGACCAAGAGCAUCCCAGUGAAAAGGAAUACUUCGAUGAUAGUACUGAAGAGAGGUUUUAUAAUGGGUCAUCCGAUUCUGACAGUGACAGCAAUGAUGACUUCUUCAUUGGAAAAGUAAAAAAGAAAAAAACAGCAGCAGUUAAUAAUUUUUCUUCAACAAAAGAAAAGGGUAGUGUUCAGAAAAAUGUAAUGAAAACAGAAAAGAGCACAGUGUCUGGAACAGUACAAGAUUUGAUCAUGGAAGAGAGAAAGCCACUUGCAAAAGCAAGCAAGCUGGAGUCAGUGAUCUGCAGUUCUUUGUCUACCACCUAUCAGAAAUCUCAGAACAGAAGAAAUACUAAAGACCAGCCUCUGAAAAAGGAAAGAACAGGUUUUCUUAAAAAUGAAACAAAGCUCAAGAAGAAACCAUUUGCAAAAGCUUCAGGGGGUAUUAAAUGCAACAAUAAUAAAGCAUCUUUGGAGCAGCCUCUUCAUCCUUCAUGGGAAGCAAGCAGGAGACGCAGAGAGCAAAUGUCUCAAAUUACAGCAUUUCAAGGGAAAAAGAUUAAAUUUGAUGACUAGACUAUACAUAAAUGGAGGUUCAAAAAACAUUUUUUUUACAACUGCUAGAUGUUUGAAUGUUUGAACAUUUUUGUUAUAUUGUCCAUAUCCUUUGCAAUCUACAAACCUGCAACUAUUAUUUACCAUUAUAGAAUGUCAAGAUUGUUUCAUUCAUUCUUUGUGCUGUUGAUCAAUAUAAUGACCAUUUGGUGCUGGUUCGUAAGUCCCAUAAUGUAGUGCCACCAUUCAUGAAAUAUACCCUAAUGUGAACAAAGGGUUUUUUAGAAACAUAAUUUGUGCCCUGUAGGAAUAGUACAGAUUAUUUGGACGGGGGGUUAGGAGGCAAUUUUUUUAUUGUUAAAAAAAUGUACUUUAUAUGAGAAUUUGGUUGUCAAAAGAAAGGUUCUAUAUUGUCCCAUCUCAACUGAGACAAAGUUAAACAUUCUUAAACUUGAAGAGACUUCAAAAAUUUACCAGUGUAUCAGGUAGCUGGCAAAGUCAAUUAGUUUUAAGCAUAAUAUGGAAAUCUCUGGGGAGAAUAAAAUACUGUGCUUUUAAAUUGUGAACUCUGUCCUCUGAUUAUACUGCCAAUUUGAAGAAAUGAAGAGAUGUCUUUAA